GCCAGAGGCCACCUAUUAGCUUGCUCGGCCGUUGGUUCCAAGGAAAAACUUAGCUUGCUCGCGCCGGUGGUUUCAAGAAAGAAAGUUGCUCGCGUCCUAUUUUCCGUCAACCUCUUCGCCGCGGCUACCUGUCCCCUCUUUUAGGUUUGCUCGAUUCGUUUACCUGAUUUUUGUUUUAAGAAUUAGGGUUUUAAAAAUCAGAUCCUAAAGUGACGCGCCAAAUUUAGAAGCGAGAGAGAAAGAGAUUUAAUGGAAAAGGGAAUUGGGGAAGAAAAGGGUUUGGGUUGGCGCAGAGAUGCCCAUCGUCUAACUCGAAUAAAUGCACAUGAAUUCGACACCGGGAAGAAAUCCAGGUACAGUUUUUAUCAUCAUUCUGCCUUUUGAUUUCGAUUCCAAUUUCACAACUAGGUUUUGGUAUUGUAGAUGUCGAGUUGCAAUUUCUAAUCAAUUGGAAUUGCGGAACUUGAUUUUGGUGGAUUCAUACAUUUAAUUUUUUUUGUUUGUUUGAGUCCUAUUCUUGAUGUGCGGAAAAGGAAGGCGGUUCGAUUGAGCAAAGAUGUCGACUCCAAACGUCGCCAAAUUAACAAUGGGUAAAAUUUUCUCUUAAGCACCUUAAUUUAUGCACAAUUUCAGUUUUCUUUGUUGUUGUUGUUGUUGCUGCGAAUUUGAACAUCAUUAACUGGGUUUUUCCAUUAAGUAAUGAUAAAGUGUGAGCUACUGUAUAAUUGAGUUGGUUAUGCUUGUGAAUUUGUUUGUUUUGAUUGAAUUUAAAGCCUUUUAUGUGGGGGGGAUUGGCAAAGGAACCAUGGGUCAGCUUUUAAUUGGGGAUUCAGUUCAUAGAUUCGAUUGUAUGGUUUGGUUAAUAGAGGAUCUCAUUUUCAUGUGUUAUUUUUCCUAUGCUAAGAAACUCCUGAGCAAAGAUAAUUACAUGUUGCAACCAGUUACUGUGUAGAAAAGCAAGGAAUUCUGGAAAUCAAAUAUAUAAUUUUUUUUUGUAAUUGGUUCCAUUAGAUAGUUGGAUUUCAUUGUUCUGCAUUCUAAUGCCAAUCUUUUCCUCCAUUUAUGUGAUAUUUUUGUUUAUUUGGUAGUCUGUGUAUCAUGAAUGUAAUCAUUGUUUAUUAUAAGACGACUAGUAAUUUGAUUUCUUCCACAAGUAUAUUUGGUGUGGUCUUAUUAGAUGUGGGAUUGGAUAAUGAAACAUGAGCCGGUGGUUUCAAGAAAGAAAGUUGCUCGCGUCCUAUUUUCCGUCAACCUCUUCGCCGCGGCUACCUGUCCCCUCUUUUAGGCUGUCGUUCAUAGAGCUAAGAACUCAAAAUAUUCAGCUGAUGAGGAUAUGGAGGAGACAGAUGUUAAAGAUCCAAAUUUAAAGCAAUCUCUGGAGUCUGCUACUUCUCAGAUUAGCCAGCUAGCUCUUUCUAAUAGUCCUACUGGUGUUGCCAAUCUUGCAGCUGUUUUUCUGUUCCCGCUUUUCAUAAAUUAUUUUCAGAUGGGUGUCACUGGAGCAGCCACUGCCACCGUUGUGUCUCAAUACAUAGGUAGCUUCUUGAUGAUUUGGUUUCUUAGCAAGAGAGUAAUAUUAUUACCUCCAAAAUUUGGAGAUCUGAAGUUUGGGGUCUAUUUAAAAUCUGGUGGAUUUCUGAUUGGAAGAACUGUGGCUGUUUUGAUAACUAUGACGAUUGGGACCUCGAUGGCUGCUCGUCAAGGUCCUCUAGCUAUGGCUGCUCAUCAAAUCUGUAUGCAAGUGUGGUUGGCUGUCUCUCUUUUAACUGAUGGAUUGGCCGCAUCUGGUCAGGUCUACACUCCGAGGAAUGCGCCUAUACUAGUGAGGAAAUUGAUGUGUGUUCUUGAGGAUUUAGAGGAUUUGUCAAGACUUCUCAUCGGUUUGAUCACUUUCUGGUUCUGCCAUGGAUCUCCUAUCCUCCGAAGACAAGGGCGUAGUGGACGUACCCGCUUGGCUGUCCGAAGUGAACCCACUUUGCCAGCUACGAAGAAGCGUCCUGCAUCUUCGACGGAGGCUCCUAAGCCAAAACGGCAUUUCUUUAAGAAGAUGGGUACGGUCGAUGCUGCCGCAAAGCCGUCGGUACCAAAACCGUCCACUCCCCCCGCUGAGGGAGAGGAGGUCCCUCCCCAGGUGGACACCAAAAGGGAUUUCUCUGCCGGAGUAGUUGCCAACGAAGUAGCAGCCGAACAGGCUGAGGCUGCUGACGCCACCACCUCGUCCAAGGAGGACAAGGGUAAAGGCAAGGAAGUUGAGGCUCCUACUGAUAAUGCCUCCACUUCUCCUGCAGCUUCGCCAAUUGGUUAG